AUGUUUAAAAAGACUCCUCAUAUCAAAUCGUUAAGUAAUUUAAAGAAUUCUGAAAGAAAGAAAUUAUUACAAUCAUGUAAGGCACAAACAGGGUCUACUGAUUAUAAUUUCCCAACAUCUGUUAUUAAACAGACGAAUUUCAAUGCCCAAACAUCGGUCGGUGUGAUCUACACUGAUGAAGAAGGCUCUCCAUUAUGGUUUAAAGAGAAACAUAGCGAAUUACUGUUUCCUACAGUUUAUACUUGUUGGGAAGACCCAACUUUAUUACCAAUUGUCUUAACUCAUGAUAUUGUGAUCAAUGAACAUAUCUUUAAUGGUGCCAAUUUAAUGAUUUCAGGUACACUUCCACCUUUUGAUAGUCGUUUAGUACCUGCCACUAUUUGUGGGAUAGCUACUAGGAAUAAUCCAAAUACAAUUGUUGCAGUUGGUGUAGUCCAAUUGGAUAUGCCAAGUUAUAGUUCAGUUAUUGGCAAAACUGGUGUUGCUGUGAAUGUGUUACAUUACUGGGGGGAUGGUAUGUCCGUUGCUUUUAAGAUGAAAAGAGAUAUCCCAACUAUUGUUGGCGGGAAAGAUAAAUCUGUAGAUGCUACUGAGAACGAUCAAAGUCCAGUGAUAAUCACAGAAGAAGAAAAAACUGAAGAUGACUCCAUACCAGAAAUUUCCAGUAAUGAUGUUUCAGAAUUAGCUCAAGAGGAGAGUGCAUUAACCGUGGAAGAUAUAGACCAUUUUAUCACUAGAUCAUUAUAUUACACAUUGACAAAUGAUUUAAAGUUAGCAUUUCCUAUACCUUCAUCAAGUUUUAUCUCCAAUCACAUAAUGCGUAACUUACCACCAGUAGAUCAUAAUUUGGUGAAUAUUAAGAAGACAUCAUGGAAGAAAUCAAGUAAAUUCUUAAAACAUUUUGAGAAAGAGGGAUUCAUCAAGUUGAAAGGUAAAGGAGAAGAUCUAACGAUUGUUGGAAGCAAUAAAGAGAAAGAAGAAUUGAAAAAAUUUGAACCAUAUAGAAUCAGCAAUUCUUCUUCAAACAGCGGUAAAAAAAUCAACUCUAAUAGACAAGAAUCAGAAAAUAUGAUGUAUUCAUUAGUAUUCUAUUCUCCAAAGGGUUCAGCAAAACAAUUUAUGACGUUGACCGAACUACCGUACAAAAAUUGGUAUACUGCCAUCGAGUUAAAGAAUGCAGUAACCGAAUACAUCAAAAAAAAGGAAUUGGUUGACAAGAAAAAUCCAAAGAUGGCGAACCUUGACGAUAGACUAUAUGAUAUGUGCUAUACCAAGAAGAGCACAAACCCACCACGCCAUAUUACCAGAGCUGCAGUUAUUGAAUCUUUCACCACAAAUAAUUUCACAGAAUUAUACCAAUUAUUCAAAAAUGACGACACACCAUUAACCAAGAACCCAGUGAGAGGUAGUCCACCAAGAAUCAAGAUAGUCACUGAAAUGAAGAUAGGGAGAAAGAUAGUAACCCGUGUGUCUAAUUUUGAAAGUUUUGGAAUAGAUGCUGACGCUUUGGCAGGAGAUCUAAGACGUUUAUGUAGUGGUUCCACAACUAUCGGAGAAACAACAACGUCACCAAAGACAACGGAAGUACAAGUACAAGGACCACAUAGCAAAAUAAUAAUCGAUCAUUUGAACUCACUUUCAAUCCCAACGAAAUGGAUAGAUUUUGAAAAUAAAUUGAAACCUAAAAAAAUACGUAAUUGA